AUGUCAGCCGCCAAGAUCGAACCGGGCUCGUUCAACAUCCCAGUGGGAACAUUCCCUGCAACCUGCAAGACCCCCCAAGAAUCCAUAAACGCACACGCUCUCGCAACAUCGAUCCUUUCCAGGCUCAAUACCGCCCUAUCGACCUCCAAGAUUUCAGACAUAGCGGCCCUCUUCCUCGAGCAGGGCAGUUUCUGGCGCGACCACCUCUGUCUCUCAUGGAACUUCCACACUGCGAAAGGAAGGGAAGGGAUCGCAUCUCUGCUCAGCCAAGUCGAGAAGGAGAAAUUGAACCAUCUGAAACUUGAGAUCGAUAUCUCGACUCCAUUCCGGUCGCCCCAGAUCAGCGCCAUCGAUGCCUUCGGCGAGGUAAUCGGCGUGCAGUUCUUCAUCACCGUCUCGACGGCGAUUGGAUCUGGUCGCGGGGUGGUUCGCCUGGCCGAGGGUGACGAGGGAGAGUGGUAUAUCUACACGCUCUAUACCGUCCUCCAGGAACUGACAGGGCACGAAGAGCAAGUCAGCUCGCGACGGCCUUUUGGAGCAGUCCACGGAGAGAUUAGUGGUAGACCUAGGCUUAACUGGCAAGACCGUCGCAAGGCGGAAACCAACCUUGACGAGAACAAAGAGCCAGCUGUCCUCAUUGUGGGCGCAGGCCAAGCUGGACUCUCCGUCGCAGCGCGGCUGAGGAUGCUCGGUGUUGAUGCGCUGAUCAUCGACCAGGAAGACCGGGUAGGUGAUAACUGGCGAAGACGGUACCACCAGCUCGUCCUGCAUGAUCCCGUGUGGUUCGAUCACAUGCCGUACCUUCCAUUCCCAAGCAACUGGCCUGUUUUCACGCCAAAGGAUAAGCUCGCGGAGUUCUUCGAGUGCUAUGUGAAGCUGCUGGAGCUGAAUGUCUGGACGCGGACGACGGUCAAGGAGGCAAAGUGGCAUGCUGACGGGAAAGAGUGGUCUGUAGAGGUUAUACGGAGAACGGAUUCGGGCGAGGUAAAGAGGGUUCUCCAUCCGCGACAUAUAAUCCAGGCAACUGGACAUUCAGGCGAGAAGAACCUGCCUGAAUUCAAAGGUAUCGAGAGCUUCAAAGGCAGCCGCAUCUGCCAUAGUUCCGAGUUCGAGGGCGCGACAGACGCAGACCCACGCAAGGGUCAGCAGAAGGCGGUUGUCGUAGGAUCCUGCAAUUCAGCCCACGAUAUCGCGCAAGACUACUACGAGAAAGGCUACGACGUCACCAUGGUGCAGCGCUCGUCCACCUGCGUCAUCUCAUCAGACGCGAUUGUGAAUAUCGGAUUGAAGGGUCUCUAUGAGGAGAACGGGCCCCCGGUGCACGACUCUGACGUUUUUCUCUACAGUAUCCCCAGCGAGCAAUUCAAAGCACAGCAGGUCAGAAUUACGGCGGUGCAGAACGAGCAUGACAAAGUGCUUCUUGAAGGUCUUGAGAAGGCUGGAUUCAAAGUCGACAAGGGCCCUGAUGACGCCGGGCUGCUUAUGAAGUACUGGCAGCGGGGCGGAGGAUACACAAUCGAAGUUGGCGCUGGAAGACUCAUAGCGGACGGGAAGAUCAAAGUCAAGCAGGGAGAAGAGAUCGCAGAGAUCCUCCCGCAGGGACUCAGGUUCGCUGACGGCUCUGAGUUGGAAGCAGAUGAGAUUGUCUUUGCAACCGGGUACAAGAAUAUGCGCGAGCAGACCAGACUGAUCUUUGGUGAUAUGGUUGCCAACAGCGUAAACAGUGUCUGGGGGCUCGAUAGCGAAGGCGAGAUGCGCACCAUCUGGCGCAAGACCGGCCACCCCGGUUUCUGGUUUAUGGGCGGGAAUCUGGCGAUGUGUCGGUACUACUCGCUUUUAUUGGCGUUGCAGAUACUAGGGAUUGAAAGGGGCCUGAACGAGGUCCAGUAA